GCACUUCUACGCCGUGCGGGCCCUCGAGCGUGCCGCCAAGCACGCCGGCAUGGCUUCGGGCCGCAUCUCGAGCCCGACGACGGGCCUGGCACACGUGAGCCUGCGCUUCGCCCGGCGCUGGACGCGCUGGGUGGAGCUGUGCGCGGCGGCAGAGCCGGAAGUGCCGGCGACGGGAGAGUCGGCCCACGAGAUGGCGCCGACACCGCCGCGCUGGAGUGCCGAGAGCGCCAUGACAGCUGCGGCGCCGGGCCGACUGGACGAGCGGCGAGAUGGCCGAGAGCAGGACGGCUGGAGCGAUGCCGCGCCUUCGACGAUGGAUACCUGCACACCGCCAGGCCAGGACACGUAGCGCACACGCCUGCGCCGCCUCAGCCAUUCCGGCCGCCGAGGAGCAUGACGCCGAGCUCGCUCAUGCUGCGAUGCCCGUCCCCCACGCUGCUGUUGCGGGAAUGCGGGCUGCCCGUGGCAUAACUGCACCGUUUGUGGGUGCCCGAGAGCAAUGGCAUCGACGUUGCCCUUCCGAGCGCCGCGACAGUGCAAUCUCGAGCUGUGUCGGGUCAGCGUCCGUCUGCAGGGCAGAGCUCCUGCACCUGAAUGCUGCGCUCGAAAGCUUACUCUGCCAUCUGAGACCUGCAGCUGCAUCCUGCCUGCCUGCUGCGCUGCUGCGGUCCGCUCACCCCGCUCAGGGUGCAGCAACGGCUGCCCGGCAGCGGUGCGCAGCGCAGCACACAGACACGGCGCGAGCCAAGCAGCCGCUCAGCCUCGCUCGACGCCACUUCUUGCCCUCGCACGCCGCGCCUCCUGCGGCCCUUCCCGAUGUGCCGGCGGCCUGGAGAUGGUUGCUGCUGCGGUGCCUGGACGGGCGCCGACGAGGUCGUCGGUGCGUCGGGCCGAGCGGCGGGCGCACGGCGAUGCAGGUCCGACGCACGCGGGAGCGGCGUGCAGCCUUCCUGAUGGGAUCACACACCGCUCGCGAGCCUCUGCUCGCCCCCUGCGCUGGUGCUGAGCAUCGCGCGCGCCUGCGCAUGAGAUCACGGGACGCAGCGCUGCAGACACACACCGCCCGCCUCGCUCCGCUCCGGGACUGCGAUACGCAGCCGGCAGCGCCCAGCAGCAGCAGCCGCUCAGGACGGCUGGCGCUGCAGAGAGCGAGAAGAGCGCCGCUGCCGGGCGUGCCGGCGCCACACCGCGAUGCUCCCGCGUGCGCGCCGCUGGAUGCGAGCGCACGCGUCGUCGCGCCGACCCUUGCCGAUCAGCCCGCCGCUGAGCGAGACCUCAGGCCUGCACCGCUGCGCACAUGCGCACGCAGCUGCAGCAAAGACAAAGCUCCUCGUGCUGCCGUGCCCUGCAGAGGCUCGAGCCCUCCGACUCUGCACGAGGCCGAUGCCGUGGCUGGCGGCGAUACCGCCGUGCAUGCUCCCCUGCGCCCGCUCAGCAAGGUGUGGUGCAGGACAUGCCGAGCCUCUGCGCAGGCUCGCUGGACUCAGACUCUGUGCAUGCUGAGAGACGCUGGGCGGGACCGCUUCUUAAGUCGUGCGCUGUGAGAGGUGCGUCGCCGGCUCGCCAUCCUUGUUUCCCCCUCUGCAGUGCACCCAUCAUGUCUGCCUCGCCGCCCUCCUACGCGUCGCUGCCGUUCAGCACGCUGCUCGAGCUCAUGACCAAGCUGGAUGAGCAUGUGCAGCCGCAGCACCCGACAUGGUUCUCCAUCAA